AUGGACAAACCUCACGAGCAGCGGCGCUGGGGCUCAACCCUCGCCAACCCCAACACGCCGUGUUUAACCUCAAGCGAGGCGGCCUACCUUGCGCGUUUGUUUCGCACGUUGGAUGGCCGCAAAGACGAGGCCGCUGCUUCGUUAACGACUUCUCCACUUCCUUCUUUAUCCUCCUUUUCAUCGUCGGCGUCGUCGGGGGAAUUAAUAACGGCGGAAGAAGCGACGCGGCUUUCCGCGGAGUUGUGGGCGGCGUGCGCGGGGGAUGGUCUUUCCUGCCCACUCGCCAUCUUCAACGCCGCCUAUCAGCUCCGGCGAGAACUUCACCUAAAUAAUACUACUACUAAUAAUAACGAAGACGAAAAAAAGGCGAUAAAGAGCCUUGGAGAAGGGGAAAAUGCGAGGAAGAAAAAUAAAAAGAGGGGAAUUCACUAUUCCCACGCCUACCAACUGCUCUUACGAUAUCACAUCCUACGGCAGCGCGCAGGAAAUGAGGAAAAAAAAGAAAAAGACCCCGUGAAACAAAGUUGUGAAAGUUGCCAAAUAAUGGAGCUUUUCUUUCAGACGCUUUUGGUGGAUAGCGUGGCGGAUGCGAACGAAACUGCGGCGCCGGGCCGCAUAAACGACGCCAACGACAGGGCGCUUCUUUUGUUGGAAGGAUUGCGGGAGUGGACAGUCCUCGCGGCGGCGAUUACUCCGGUUAAAGCCCAUCCCAGCAGCGACGCGGCCGCAUUUCCCAUUCUCGCGUGGUUGUUGGGAUCCUCGGACGGGGAGCGGUGGAAUCCGUCGAGUUCGAACGGCCAAAAGCCGCAUAAAAGCCCUUGUCGGCCCCCGAGUUCCCCUUUUCUUCCCGUGGAAGUGCUGGGGAUGGCGCGAUUUGGUGUUGCGCGGGUUUUACCCACGCCAAAGGCGACGGAGGGGUUGAUGUUGUUUUGGCAGCUCCUUUUGCCGCCCAGCGGGGGCGACGCGUUUGUCCAGGCGGCUUCGAAACUACGGCGCAAACUCGCGCACGAUCGCCAUCACCGCCGCCGCGAGGGCGGAUUCUCCGCCGACAUUCCGUCGAAUUCCCCUCCUCGCGGCGAGACGGAGGACGAGAAGGCCGCAAUUUGGGAAGAAAAGGCGCGCUUGGAUUCGUUCGUGUGCGCUUUGCUAUCGGAGGAGGAGGCGGAGACCCUCCACGACGCCUAUGGUUUGGAUAAUCCGCGGGAAAGUCUGGGACCUAAAGAGGCGGCGACGACGUACGCCGUCUGCACGUGGCUGCGCGAAAACGCCGCGGAUCGAAACUUGAGGCACCCACAAGAGUAUAUUCACGCGCUAUCGGAAAUAAACACCAUGUUGGACGAAGUUUUUUCAACUACGGAAAAAGGAUCGCUUCUUCUCUCGCCCUGCACGGUUCACCUCAAUGUCAACGUAAAGCUCAACCCACGGCUUUUCCAUUACCAAACAAUUCCCUUUGCGGUGUGGAUUGCAUUUGAUAUGCUGGAAUCCCUCCGCGAACUUCGCGCGGUGGAAAGGGAAAGAACGAGUAUCGAAUCGUCUAAUUGGCAUCUCCACACCCUCGAGGCGAUUGAAUGUCUCCAAACUCUACUUCUUCUUGCGGAUGGCUCUCCCACCGCGUGUGUUCAACGCAAUACCAAAAAAAAAUCGGACGCGACUGCCAAAAAUUCCCUUCAAAUGUUGUGGUAUGUGAUCUUGAAAGAAGCCUGCGAGGGGAGUUUCGCCAGUCCGAACCGCUCUUCAAGCCUCCUUCUCUCGAGUUCGGCCCACAAUGAUUCCGAUGAGGUGGGAGAAAUAGCAAAAUAUAUCCACAACAAUAAAUGUGUGGGAAAUGGAAUAAAUUUAGAGAAAAAAAACUCCCUAAAAGGCUCAUCGAGCAGCAUCAGCGGGGGCUGUGCGGUGUUAUCGCGGCUUGUUCUCCCGCAGUAUCGACCCGCACUGUGGCGUCGGCCCACCGUCAAUUUAUUUGUCGAUUUGCUUCAUCAAUGGGGCGAAAGCGGCGAGCUUCGGCGGGUUUUUUAUCACAUACAAAAACGAGAAUCCAAGCUCAUGAACGAGGCGUGGCGUUGGAUUCAAAACAAUCCGGAAGGCGGUGAAGAGGACAAAGAAAAAGAAGGGGAAGUGACCACGGAGGACGCGCCAUCCAUUUCAGUACCGAAAAAGCAGUGGAAAGGUUCUUCCUCCUCGUCUUCUUCGCGGCUUCACUCCCGUCAUCGCUACGUUCCUGCACUCACGCUACGUUCUUGCGAGAUUAUUCUCUCCCAUUGCGGGAAUUUCACCGAUCAUCGUCCAAACCCCAAUGAAAAUCACGACAAUGGCCCCUUCUCCAACGCGCAAACCGCCCAUGAGGUGGUUCAGUACAUGUUGUUCCUGUUAAGAUGGCUGAAGUUUCGCCAGGGGGAAUUCAAAAACGAGCGGAACCCAAAACUCAUCGCUGAAGUUCCGCAUAAUCACAACGAACGAGACGAAGAAUUUGUGGCGAAGUGGCUUCGGCGUAUUCAACAGGAAUACAUCCCCAAAUUAUCAAACCAGACGUCGCUUUGA